CUUACGCGAAGCGUCCAGGUGAUACUGAUCGCUGCCAACAUGUCAACUUCCUGUUAAUUUUCAAGACACGUCUCGAUUUCAGAUUUGCAUGUAGAUUUCACGUGAUGUAGACUCUCACUAAGAAGCCAAGAAAAAAAUACAGCAAUGAUUUCUGAUUUGAUUUUGUUUGGGACCUUGAUGGUCAAUGCCUGUGCAGUUUUGAAUUUUAAGUUGAAAAAGGGGAAAGAGGAUGCGUUUGGAGCUAAUUUAGAGCCAACUGUAGGGGACAAAGUACGAGAGUUCCUACUGAGUCUGCGAUACUUCAGAAUCUUCAUAGGACUGUGGAACCUGUUUGUCAUGUUCUGUAUGCUGGUGUUCUUUGGACACUGAAGAUGAAGAGCGAGUUUUUAAUGGAUGAAAGACAGGAUAAAACUGGAUGAUGUUAACAGGGAUUGUGUGGAAAGUGUAUAUAAAUAGAGGGAGAUUGUGUGUAUUAAUCAAUGGCAAUAUGCUAUGCAUUGUAAAAUACAUUUAGCUUAUUUAUCUCAUUAAAAGAUCUUUUGAUA